AUGAAUUCCUGUUUGAAAGAAGAACUCUACAAAGGUUUCAGGAUCCAACUAAACCUCUGUGGGCCCAAGACUCCUUGGACCAGUGCUCAAGAACAAACAGGGGGCUGCGGGCGGGUUCGGCUGGCCCGGGACGUCAGGCGGAGCUCUGAGGCCAGCCCAGCACCUUCCCUGUCCACCGAGGAGCAGCGGGCCCUGGAGCGGAAGUUGAAGAAGGAACGGAAGAAGGAAGAGAAGCGCCGUCUGCAGGAAGCGGGGAGCUGUCCUGCCCGGAAGACCCCUGCUCCACGGAUCCCCACUGACCCCACACCACCGUCUUCAGGGGCCACACUGGCCCUCGACUACCUCUGUGGUUGGGCCCAGAAGCGCCAGGACUGGAAGUUCCAGAAGACGAGACAGACGUGGCUCCUGGUCCACAUGUACAAUCCCGACAAGGUCCCAGAUGAGCACUUCCCCACUCUGCUGGCCUACCUGGAGGGGCUGAAGGGCCAAGCUCGAGAGCUGACAGUGCAGAAGGCUGAGGCCCAGAUGCAGGCGUUGGGUGAGGGGGCCACCGACGGCCAGGACCCCCUCCUGCUAGGACAGGCCCACCGCCUCCGCCAGGUGCUACAGCUCCUGUCCUAG